UUUUCAAUAAGUUUUUCAAAAAAACUCACUGUUAUGAGAAAAAAAUUACUGUAUUGUUUUAUUGCAAAACUAUUGUUAAACCACUUGCAACAUAGCUCUGGCAAGAUCAUUAAAGUAAUUACCUAUGAAGUAACCAUAACUUGUUCUAAAAUAAUGAAAACGCAAAAUUCACUGUAUUUUGUGUGAAUAAUCAUAAUAACUCAUCCUGCUUAAAAUCUCUAUAUUGAGUCCUAAAAUAAGCAGAGAAAACCAAUGAAGCUUAACUGUUGCUGCAUUGUGAAAUGAAAAAUAUAUACAAUCUCAAUAUUUUACUAAAAAAGUUAUAAAAACAUUCUUGCUUUAAAAUUGCUGAAAUACUCAAUGAUUAUAUUUCCACAUUCUACAAACCAGUUGUGAUGUUUCUUAUGAAACCUUCCAUUAGUCAUGUUUGUGCUUUCCUUAAUACAAUUCUCGUGAUUUGUACACGAUCUACGACAAUUUUGCUUUUAACAAUCCAGUUUCCAAUGCUUUUUCAAGCGAUCCACAAAUUGUUUUUGUUUGGGUGAUCCCGUUAAGACAGUCUUUAAAUGCCUUACAGAGGGUUUUUUUUUUGUUUUUUGCAAUCAUGUUUUAAUUUUUUUCAAGUGAUCUACUUUGCCUUCUUUAUUUUGUUUUAAUAGUUUUCGACAAGUUACAUUGGGUUUUUCAGGAAGUCUGUUUGGAUUUAAAUAAAUAUUGAUUUGUCACAUUUAGCUUGGCUAACAUUGAUUAAUAAUAAUUUUUCUUGUGUUUUUUAGCUUUAACCAUGUUCCAUCUUGCAAAAACCUUGUCUUUUGGGACACCAAUUUUAUCUAUUGUUAUUUAUUGCAAGAACAGAAAGAAUCUUUUUUCCACUCAUGUUCAAGCAGCUGAAAAUGAAAUGUGCUUACAACAGGUUCAAGUUAUCUUUCGACAUGGUGCACGGACACCACUAGUAAACUUAAAUUAUUCUUAUGAUAUUCCUAAUAUUGAAGAGUCAAUCUGGGAUGCUGAAUCUUUAAUGCAAAAAAACUCGAAAGUGGAUGUUAGAUAUAAAUUAAUGCUAGACAAUGGCAUGGAAGCUUCAAAAUCAGAAGCAGAAAGUGUAUACUUAAACCGUGGAACAUUGCGGGGUGGCUGUUAUACAGGCCAGUUAACAGCAAUUGGCAAAGAAGGAAUGUAUAAUGUCGGCAAGUUACUAGCUAAAGAAUACAUUCAUAAACAUGACUUGAUAUCUCCUGUGUACUCACCAACUGAAGUUUAUGUCAGAAGUUCAAAUAUUAAAAGAACAAUUUUAUCAGCUACUUCACUGUUAGCUGGGCUCUAUGGCAAAGAAAACAUCCCAGAACCUGUGCAAAUGUUUACCAAACCACCAACAGAAGAAGAUAUCUACCCAAAUUGGGGACAGUGCAAUAAUUUAAAAAUAUGGGCAAAUUAUGUUAUGAGGAAUCAUGAUUGCUUGCCUGGACAUAAGGAAGACCAAGAAAAAAUCCAUAAAUUGAUUGGUGGUGAAGAUGAUAAGCCUCUUCAUUUUAUUGCUUUACUUGAUUACAUCUAUUGUCGAAAGGCACACAGAAUACCUAUUCCUCUUGAUUUACUUGCUGAAGAAAAGCUCAUUGUAAAAAGGGCUUCGGAACUACAAGCUCAUGUGAUUGGUGGAGAAAACAAUUCAAUGUUAGCAUGUGGUAUUGGAUCACUUAUCAAUACUUUCUGUUGUCGUAUUACAGAAUGGAUAAAUGAACCCAGGGAAUCGAAGUUGUUAUUAUACUCUGCACACGACACUACAUUAAUUGCUAUACUUAAUGUAUUGGAUGUUUUCAAUAAGCAAUGGCCACCGUUCGGGUCUUAUCUAGCGUUGGAACUAUACAAGCGAAAGGAUUCAAAGUUUUUCAUUCGCGUAGUGUAUAAUGGAGAAGCAUUGAUUGUGGACAAAGAACAUGGAAAUGAAUUUAUUGCUGUGGAUAAAUUUUUAAAUUUGGUUGGUAAAUAUCGCGUAGAAGACUGGGCACUAACAUGUGGAAAUAAAGCACCCUAAAGACAACAAUAUUUUCGAUGUAACAAAUUUUUGUGAAUAUUCUCUAUUUUUGGCAAAUAUCACAAAAUAAAUUUUUAUGGUCGUUAAUCUUCGAAUAAAGACCCAAGCUAAAAUUGCAUGAAACUAUACUUUAUGUUAAAAAAACUAAUAAGAGGGCCAAAUUACGCACUUUGUCCCCAGGUUACUACUGGUCUAUUGUUUAAUCAUUUUUAAAUAAAAUAUACUCGAAACAGCAGGUAAAUUCUGCGAAAGUUGAUAAACACGUAAUAGCGUUUAUUUCAGGAUUUACAGUAUUCUUGAAAUCUAUUCUGUUAAAUAUUUGGAUAAUGCCUUAAAAUGUGUUGUUUUUUUUUCGAGGUUGAAAACGCUUCUUACUGAAAAAAUACAUUCUAAUCCAUUCUUAUUUACUAUGAUACGUUAUUGUUACAAAUUUGUAUUAGUCUUUUCUAACCUUUGUCAUCAAGGUUGUCGCUUUUUAGAAUUUACAAAACAUUAAAAAAAUGGACAGGAUAAGUUUUUUUUUAUCAUAGCUAUAUUUUUAAAUUAUAUUGUAGUUUUGUUUAGUAUAUAUUUUUAAAUUUUUUAAAAUUAAUAUACAAGAAGUUAUGAAGAAAUUUAAUAUUUUAGGCAUGUGUGGGAUUGCUUUCUCUUAUAAUUUUGAAUGCAUUUCUUUGCACUAUUUUUAUG